GUUCCGAGGUUCGAUACCGCAUCACGAUCCGUUUCAUUCCGUUCCGAGAUGAGUCGACUUCCGCUGUGUCUGCUGGUGCUACUGGCGGUGGCGGUGGUGAUUUGCCCAGGCCACGCCUACAAGGCACCUGAGGCUCAGGUGCGCGUGUUCUAUCCCAAGGGAUUCGAGGUCUCCAUUCCGGAUGCGCCGGGUAUUUCGCUGUUCGCCUUCCACGGCAAACUGAACGAGGAGUUUGACGGACUGGAGGCUGGGCAAUGGGCACGGGACAUCCCAAGUGCCAAGAAGGGACGUUGGACGUUUCGGGAUCGCGAGACCAAGCUAAACCAGGGCGAUACCCUGUACUUCUGGACGUAUGUGGUGUACAAUGGACUCGGCUAUCGCCAGGAUGAUGGGGCCCAUGUCGUCACCAGUUACGACAAUCAAUAAAAGUAAUUUUUCAAACAACAAAGAAAUAAAAUUUAAAGCCGAGCUUAAAGCUCACAUACAAUCUCAAAUUCUUAAACGCUCUCUUGAAAUUCUGCUGAUGGGUAAUCU